AUGGCAGCGCCAGUGUCGGCAUACAAGGAUCGGCAAUUCGUUGCUGUCAUUGGGGACGAAGACUCAGUCACUGGCUUGUUGCUCGCUGGCAUCGGACAUAUUACCGACCCUCCUGACUCACAGAAGAACUUUCUUGUGUGCGAUUCAAAGACAGAGAAGCCUCAAAUCGAGCAAGCUUUCAACAGAUUUACCAAAGAGCGGAAAGAUAUUGGAAUCGUCCUGAUAAACCAACACAUUGCGGAGCAAAUCCGAGACACUGUCGACAGAUUCCAGGACCCGUUCCCUGCGGUCCUCGAAAUCCCGAGCAAAGAUCAUCCUUAUGACCCCGAGAAAGACAGCGUCCUACGCCGUGCGGCCGCUGGUUAUCAAACAUCCACUCCCAGCGUCUAUCUCUACACCGACCCCAAGUUCGGAUUCUUGAGCGAUAUCGGGCAUCACCACCACUAUCACCUGGCCCUCGAUGCCAUGAAGAAUUCCGCUCUUGCCAUACUCGAUGAGAAACGAAGCCGACGAAUGCACCAUGUGGGAAGAUAUAGCAGACGACUGUUGGCAAAUCUGCCAGACCAACUUUCUCUAAGUAUGAAACCCUUGGUCAAAGGCAAGGGCACAAAGUCGCGGAAUCAAGGUCCCAGUCCAUAA